AAACUAUGCCACACAAGACCCAGAGGACAAAGUUAAGCCACCACUGCGUCCAUACCGCUAUGGUCUGGAUAAACUGGUCAAAUUUGUCACAACCUCAGGGGACAAGCUGGAGAAGAGAAUCCCAAGUGUCUUUCAAGUGUACAGAACUUUCAGCUCAGGCAUCAAGUCAUUUGUGGCUGACACAAAGGACUACCACAGAGUGUCUCUGAGUCUUUGGCGGGGAGAGAGCUUACAGCAGUUUUCUCGGAGAGAUCUGGAGCUCUACCGCCAGUUUUCUGCUGAUCUGCCACUGGUUGGCCUCAUGAUGGUGAUUGCCUUUGCUCCUGGUGGAGCUUUUGUCUUCCCUCUAGCCUACGUGUUUCCUCGUUUCCUGUUGUCUCAUCACUUCUGGACAGCCGACCAGCGUGUUCAAUUCCGGAGGAUCAAGAUGGGCAAGAAGCUGCGACAUUACGACAACGUGCUGGACUUCCUGCACCUCCUGAGCCGGCACAUCGAGAGCGACGGGCGGGAGCGCAACAUGAAACAGCUGAUCCGAAAGCUGGACAUGUCAGUGACCUUGACCCCUACGGAGAUCUUGUCUCAACUGCCUUUGUUUGAAGGGAAGCCAUACAGGAUGGAUUCUCUCUCUAUACGGCACAUGCGUCACUUGAGCAAGGCGAACGGGAUGUCAUUGCGGAGGAGGAAAUUGGUGAAAGAUGGGCUUAUGCUGCACUACAUGGACAAAGCCAUGAUUAGAGAGGGCAUCGAAGAUCUACCAGAUGAGGAGCUGGACCAGGCGUGUGCGUGGAGGGGUUUGAACCCAGAUGGCCUGAAGAGGAAAGAGAAACUGAGCUACCUGAAGGACUGGAUACACAUCAGUUCUCAUGUCCACGAACCCAGUAUAUCCUUAUUACUUCACUUACCGGUGCUGCUUGGCUACUGCCACCCAACCAACCGAGAGCUGAUGGGACCGAUGUCAGCGAGACAGAAGGAAAGAAUUUGAGACUGUCUUCCAGUGUGACCGAUAUUUUGGGUGAUAUGCUAUUCCACGAUAACUAGCGGAACAGAAAUAAUACCUCAUUUGUCCCGUCAGUCACCGAAACCAAACAUGUCUCAGAAUUUGCAUAAAGUACUUUUUUUUUCAAAUGACUGCAUUUGAUAUGAUUCUUUAGAAGUUUUUCAAAUGUUCUGAUCAUUUAAAGUUGAAAUAAAUUAAUUGGUACAGUGUUAUCAUUGUAAGAAAAUAUAGUCCAAAUCAUGCCAAAUGUCCCGUCAGUUACUGUGGAGUAGCCCUGAUAUAAUAGUUACACAUGAGUGUUGGUAUUAUUGUUUUUUGAUGUUGCAUUUAGUGCACAUGUAGUUUUUGCUCUAGCUGUUAGCUUUUUAGGCUGGAUAGAGAGAGGAUCUUUUUGUUGUUUCUGUGAUUAUUUUUACUGUGAAGGAA